GUUUUUUCUGUGCAGGCAGUAGCCUUCGCUUUCUUUAGCUUUUGUCGAUGAACCUGCGCCGGGCUUUAGUUGAUGUCGUUUCAUUAGUGCGCCAGUUUCACGAUCUCAGCGGCAAUACUUUUUCCGCGUUUCAAAUUUUGGGUCUCGCUUUCGUCCAUUUUAGCCCACGAAGCGAUGAUCACGUAGCGUAUUGCGUUACUGGGUGAUUUUGACGGGAUUGUCAGGGUUUUGCCUCAGAGGUUUUGUGCUCCCUUCUUUGCUGUGGGUGGUGGCAGUGGCGCCAGCAUUCAGCCGUGGCGACGCAGCAGCAGCACGCAGAGGAGGGAGGGGAGAGGAGAGCCAAGGGCGAUUCCAUGGGGCCGAACUUGAAGGAUUUCUUUCCAGUGAAAUCGGAUCUAGAAGCGCUGGAGCACUUGGUCAGUGUGGAGCCAAGAGACUUAUGUGUGGAAGCCAAAGUAGAGUAUUGUCGUGCCACUCGAGACCUUCGGAGCUGUGGACGGACAGUUCAGCACCUACUGGUAUCUUGCGGCCAUGCUUGCUUGUGUGCAGAGUGUAGCCAACGUUGUGACGUGUGUCCGAUUUGCCGGACACCAGUCACUAAACCUGAGUCGGCUCUUCGCCUUCGACUUUACGAUGAACUCGUUGAAGCUGGAUUAGUUCCACAGGCUCGGGAUGAAGACUACAGAGAAAGAGAGAAGGACGGCCAGUUUUUGACCCUCGAUGUCCGUAGAUUAUGCAGCUUCUUCGACGUCGCUCUUGAUAAUAACUUGGUGUCACUAGUGUGCCACUAUGUGUCGGAGGUGUGUAUGGACGAAGGUGCAGUAUCAAGUGAUGCCCUCAUUUCCAUGUUGCUUGACGGGGACGUUGUCAAGGAUUGGUGUAAAAGAACAGCUCUCAACAUCAUAAGCAGUUUACGAGACAUUUACACUUUAGGGCCCAAGCAGAUGCAAAACAAAGUUGAUUUCAUGUUCAAAAGUUUGAGGAAGUUGGAGGGAGUAGAGCAUGUUCUCGAAGCUCUGGAGUCACCCAUUAUAGAUCCUUCAACUCCAUCCUUGGUGGAAGUUCGAAAUAUGCUGGAAGGUGUCCGCAAAGCUUCACAGCAUUUGGAGGUGAUGGCCUGGUUUACGAGACAUCGUUUCUUGGAUAGUCUGUCCUCGAGAUUUGCGAAUAUUGGGCUGUGGAGGACUGCCGUGAGGGACAGGAAGUCUGCAGCUGUUCAAAGAUCGUGGUCAGAGUAUCCCCGGAGUAUUGGACAGACAGGGCCUACGUCUCCUGCCACUCUCUUCAUUGAGGACGCAAUUGGGAAUCUGGGCAUUGGAAGGGAUGAGGAAGAAGAGGGUGGGAGAGACGUUCUUGAUUUAGGAAGACUGAAACAAUCAAGUUUACCUUCUUCUCCUCCUCUUCGACAUCGGCGAGACAGUGGAGGACACCCUUUGACUAGCGGCCCCUCCAUGAUCUACCCUCCAGACAAUGUCCGUGCUGCAGUAGAUCUGCUAUUUUUAGAAGGGAGUUCCGAUCUCAUUCUCGCAAAGAAGGCAAUAUUUUUGUACUACCUCUUCGAUCGGCAUUGGACACUCUCGGACACAAGCUGGAGAAGCAUAGUAGAUGACUACGUCGGCACCUUCGGUAUCACAAGGCCGUUUAUGCUGGAAUCUCUUCUCUUUUACCUUCUCGAUGACAACAGUGAUCUUGCCCUAGAGGAGGCUUCACGGCUGCUGCCAGAGAUAGUCAAUCCAAAUAUUCAUCCCAAAGUUUCCCACGUGUUGCUCGAAAGGGGGAAAGCAGAUAUCGCUCUCUCUGUUUUGAGGAGCAGUGGACGAGAUGGGCGCUUUGGGGUAGUGAACAAGUCAGAACAGCCAGUAGCUGUUCCACUUUCAGAAGCAAUAACUGCUGUAAGGGUGCGGCUUCAGUGUGGACUUCUAAGUGAAGGUUAUCUUUAUCAAAGAGCACACUGCUCAAGGAUCAAGUCUGAAGAGGCACGAAGGCGGACAAGCAAGACACGGAAACAAGAUAAUAGUGAAACAUAUGAAUCGCGCAACUGGUCACAGGAAAUGGAAGUGCUGGUUGGAGAAAUUUGUUGGUUUACUAUACGUAAGAGUCUUUUGAAAGAGAUGAUAGAACUGCCCUGGUUGGGAGAUGAAGAGAAGAUGGUGAAGAAGUAUCUUCUUGAUCAAGCUGUUCAAGAUCCUUCUUCUACGGCAGGGAAUUUUCUUGUCGUCUUCUACGUUCAGCGUUGUCGAUAUAUCGAAGCCUACCUGGUUCACAGGAGGUUGUGCGACCUGGAGCAGCAGUUCAUGGCUCGCUGUCCUGAUGAAGAAAAAGUUAUCCGUUCUCAGAACGCAUGUGCCCACAGAACAAGAAUUGUAGAAGCAUGCGUCGAUCUUCUGCCUCCAGUUCAGAGGCAGCAGUUAAGGAGUGGAUUUCUCUCUGAUCCAUCGCUGACAGAAGUAGAGAAUAUGGCCUCCUUCGAGAAAAUGGAGGUCGAGAGAGUUGAAUCUGCACCUACAUCAAUGGUCAACAAUCUCUUGCCAUCACCUUUGUUCCAGGUUUCUCAAACCAAGCACUUGGCGCGCACAUCUUUUAGCCGACAAGAUGUGAAGGCUGUUCCCUCUACAUCGGACUGGGGUGAAUAUCUUCCGCCUUCCAUCCUUCAUGGAAGAGGGGUGAUCAGGCCAGCCGCUAGCGUAACGCCCUGAUAUUUAUAGCUUCUUUGGAUCCGAUGAGCAUGGAGAAGUUUGUAGGAUUCAUCCUGUAUACUCGAGAUUUCUACCUCGUACCGUUUCGCUAUUGCAGCAGGCUGCAGGUAAGCUGAUGCGAUAUUUCGACUUCGAAGUUUGAGCCAUCCAGUAUUACGAGUAGCUCAAUAUUGAUAAGGCAUCCUAUACUCGGAAACAAUUUUGUAGAGACAGGAGUUGGGGGAGACGGGGUGGGGCUGCUGCCAUAGAGGUGUCAACUUACUGGAGUCGGAGAAAUCUGGAUCUUAGAUAGGUGUAAAGUAGAUGAACAUCGGACUCCAGAAAGUCCCCAAGUAUAGAACCAGUUUUGAUAGAGCCAGGUUCUCCAGGGGAUGUGAAGAUACUAGCCAUGCCAACAGGGGAACUCUGGAUUCAAUUGUCUUUUAGGUGUAAAGUAAAUGCAUUAGGAAUCGCACUUGUAAGUUCUUCCACAUGAGUACGAGCAAGGGUACAAUUGGUGCAUGUCAAACAGUGCCAUGCAUAGAGUUUAGUUGCCAAUUAUAAAACUUCAACUAUCAGAGGGAAUCCUUUCGUGCUGAUCUCACAACUAAGGGUUAGGUAUAGUUUUCAAACCUGAUGGGUAGAUGAUAGAGUUAUGAGUUUACCUCCGUUCGACUGCGGAGCAAGGCAAUGUGAUCUCAGCUGAGUAAAUGUAAAGUGCCUGAAGUUCAGUGGUG